AUGGAAGGUCUACACGCAUCAUCCAGCAACAACGUCUGUAUGGUCCAAACAUCGGAAUACACGUUCUCUGAGCGCGCUACAUCCGCCGAUGAGCAGUUCGAGGUUGCUUACAGGCAGCUGUGGCUGUACGCCAUGCGGCAUUACCCGCAGAUGCCCCGUGAUCCGAAACGCAAAGAGCGGCUAGCCCGACCAGGGAGUGCCACCGCGAACGAGCGUGUUGUAUCUGGCAUGGGCCACCUAGCCCAUCGGUUGGGCUUCAAUUCAAGCGAGAUCCAGGAGCUAAUAGCACAGGCUCCUGACCGGCUGAUCGCGAGAAAUGCUCUGCUUCAGGCUCGUGAUCCAGAAACCUUUGACGUUGACGACGCGACCAUCGAUUCGAUUGUCGGUCAUAUUAUCACUUGUUUUGACAUGAUCCGCCCGAAAGGCGUUGUUACUGUACCCCCAACGCGGGUCAGCCGCUCGGUGCCGCGCAAAUUUCGUAGUGGACACCCCACGCUGAAGGCCCUCGUGCAAGAUCGUGCACUUCUCUUCCUAGACCAUAUACAUGAUGCCGCGGUCCCGGACCUAGUUACCACAGCCUUCGUUCGACGCUGUGUCUAUUUGGCGUUUUUCGGUGCCCGCCCCGCGGUUGGCCAAGCUUCUAAUUCCGUUUAUUGUCCUACGCCACUUUUGUUUGUGCCAGAGAGCCGGCCUAGUCAGAUCCACCAUGACCAGGAUCCAUUGCAGCAUAUGUGUAAUAGUAUCACUGGCUUUGGGCAACCCAUAGAGGCGUGGAAUCAUAUCUCACCUUCAAUAGAGGUCGAUCACAAUAGACCGAAAAACCAUACUACUGCAGGGCCGGUAGCUGAACGAAGACCAUCACAAACAGAUACAGAAUAUACUCGGGAAGAAGCCGAAUUCCAAGAGAGCACAUCACAUGCCGUGCAGGGCUUUCAUCACCAAAUGACAACUAACAAUAUGACUCGACAACAUCAACAAGCGAGCAGCACGAUGGCAAUGUAUGCUACCGAAUUGAGAAAGUUACCAAAGGGGUGUACCGAAGGGGCAAUUAAUACCAAUGGAGAGCCAUGUCCACAAAAGGGCGGUGACUUACAUUGCGAGCCUAUGGAGGAGAUCUCGAAUGAUGAUGUAGCAGCAGGGGCUAUCAAUAAUACACAUCAACUAGACAACGAACAAAGAGCCCAGACUCAUAGAAAGAAUAUAUCGAGAAACUCAUAUACAGGCAAGAUCAAUAUCGUGCUGUAUAUAUACGAUGAGAACUAUCACUGGAACAUCGCUACAAUCGUCCGGGUCAACCCGGCAGAGCCCAGCAGUACCUCAGAAUUUAAGCGGACUGUGCAGAGGUACAAACAGCGGGGUAUCAUACUAUGUGAUAUGAAGAUGAGAUCAGUCAGCAUAUCAUCCAGUUUAUCGGCAGCAAUGGCGGACGGGCAGAAUUUGCUACUCUUAUUUCCGCCUGGGACACGACGACUCUGUCAAUCCCCAGCUAUCCCUAGGGGGGUAUCCGGUAUUAACUAG